AUGAUCUUCCAACAGAAUCGCCAUUUGCGAGCAUGCUCUAAUGAAGAAGAAGGAGACAGUGAUGAUGAUGAUGAUGAGGAUUUCCACAGUCCUCCUCCUAAUCCUGAUAAACCAAGAAUGGUGAUUUCUCGCCAACCACUGCCAAUAUACGAGAAAAUCUUGAAGGCUUUGAAAGAAAACUAUGAGCACUACUACCAAGAGAAAAUGUCAAAAGCAUCCCAACCAAUACAAACCCAAAGUUAUAUGAUGUUAUCUUCAGAAGAAGAAUUUCCUAGUCUUCGACGAGCAAAUCCUCAAGAAGAAACUGUAAUGAAACCUUUCAUUUACAGUAAAGAAGUGACAGCAGAAGGAUCCAAGAAACCUAUCUCUCAGGCAGAAGAAGUGCUAAACUGGCAGACAAAGAAUGCUUUAGCCCAGAAUAGCCUACUACAAAAAAUUGAAAGAAAAAUGGAUAGAAUAGAAUUGUCCAUAGAAAAGGAGAUUGGAGGCAUGAAUUCCAGGCUACAAAAGCAUUAUGCAGAAUUGAAGGAGAAGAUAGAAAGACUUGAAGAAGAAACAAGGAAAAUCAAAGAAACAAGGAGAUUCAACAACCUGCUCAUUGAAAAAGAAAGAGAGUUACAAAAAACCAAGGAGCAGUAUGAAGAACUUGUCCACUAUAUAGGAGAGAAAAAGAAGAUUCCCAUUUUCGAAGAUGACCCUUACUAUGUAAAGCCAUCAAAGAUAUUUCCAACAAUCUCUAGACAAUCCCUUAAACCAACUCCACUCUUCCCUCCAAAGGACUCUCCACCAAAACACAGGGAAUGGUUUAAAGAAAAGAGAAAAGAGAAAGAAUCUGAAGAAAAAGAAGCUUCUCCUGAACUUACACCUGAACCUUCUCCUAAAAAAGCAGAAAUCUCUUCUGAUGAGAAGAUUUUCCAAGAUGCCCAGGACCCUUAUUCUCAAUACACAAUCCACCACAUCAGUUCAGAUGAUUCAAUACCUUCUUCUGAUGAAGAAUCAGUAGAAUCCUUUGAAGAAAACACUGAAACAGAAGAAGCAGAAGUGAAUCAUACUUUCAUGGCAAAUGAUACAGAUCAACCUUUUGCUGAAAGAACGAGACUACAUAAUCAAGAAGUCAACACUCCACAUCCAACCAACAACAUACACAUAAAAGGAAAUACCAACAUUGUCCCUGAUUAUCUGAGUCGACCAAAGCCUUUACCAAUCCAUAUCAUUUCUUCAACAAAUUCCUACCCACUUAUCCUCAUGCAAAACCCACCUUCCUCUUCUAACCCUUAUCCACAAAAUCCAUUUCCACCUGAAAUAAGGUCUUUACAAAACCACCAAAUACCUCCAAAACAAAAUUGGUUCAACCCAGAUACUCCUUUUCUGAAUAUCUUUGCUAUUCUUAUGGGAGAAGAAUUCACAGAAGAAGAUCAAUG